UGAUUGGCGAAAUUAUGAAACUAUCGGCUUUAGCGGUCUACAAUUGGACAAUGGAGCACUAGGGUGGGCUCUAUGGGCAAUGAAUGGGGAAAUAGGCGGAAGUAAGUGUGAGGUGAGAGUGUCUCGUGUAAGUGUUGAGUGCCGGUUUACCUGAACUAAGAAACCACUCUCUCCCUCUGCUUAAUAAUGGUGGACUCACAGUACAUCCUACCCAACGAUGUGGGGAUCUCACCUCUGGACUGUGCUGAGGCAUUUCGACUUCUGUCCCCAAAGGAGAAGCUGUAUGCUCAUUACCUCUCACGCGCCUCAUGGUAUGGUGGGUUGAUAGUUCUGUUGCAGACCUCUCCGGAGUCUCCCACCAUCUAUGUGCUUCUGCAGAGACUGUUUCGAAAGCAGCCGCCCAGUGUUCUAGAGAGUGUGGCCAGUGCAGCUGGCCUUUCUCCAGAAGAAUACCAGGCUUUCCUAGUAUAUGCUGCUGGUAUUUAUGCCAACAUGGGCAACUACAAAUCAUUUGGUGACACCAAAUUUAUACCUAAUCUGCCAAAGGAAAAGUUGAAAGCUCUCAUGUGGCAAAGCCAAGCAUUUAAGGAUAGUCCUACCCAAUUGGAAGCGUUGUGGAAUAGUUGUGGUGAUCUUAUGUACUCUCUGGAUGAGAAGCUGAAACAGUUGGGUUUGGGUGACAAGGGAAUAACUACUUACUUCUCUGGGAACUGCUGUUUAAAGGAUGCUGAGCUUGUGCAGAAAUUUCUUGACUCUAAGAAUCUGAGUGCUUAUAAUACUCGCCUUUUCAAGCAAGUGAAUAAUGAUGGGAAAUGCUGCUAUGAAGUGCGCCUGGCUUCUGCCAUUAAAGACGAAUGUCCUAUUGAUGGUGAUGUUGACAAUAAGUGUGGCUGUUACAAUUUUGAUGGAACUUUGUUCAAAGUGGUGCGUGGUGACUAUGCUCCUCUUAUGCAGAGAGUGGUGGACUGUCUUAAAAAAGCCAAGGCCUAUGCAGCUAAUGAAAAUGAAGAACAUAUGCUUGAGGAUUAUGCGCAAAGCUUUUUCUUUGGGUCCAUUGAAGCACAUAAACAGGGCUCUCGUUACUGGAUCAAAGAUAAAGGACCAAUUGUGGAAAGCUACAUUGGCUUUAUUGAAAGCUACAGAGAUCCUUUUGGUUCACGUGGAGAGUUUGAAGGUUUUGUAGCUGUUGUGAAUAAAGCAAUGAGUGCCCGCUUUGCGGAGUUGGUAAACUCUGCAGAGGUCUUACUGCCAGAGCUGCCUUGGCCCACACAGUUUGAGAAGGAUCGUUUUCUCAAGCCAGAUUUCACUUCGCUAGAUGUACUCACUUUUGCUGGCAGUGGAAUUCCUGUGGGCAUCAACAUCCCCAACUAUGAUUGCAUCCGUCAGUCAGAAGGCUUUAAGAAUGUGUCUCUCGGCAAUGUGUUGGCCGUGGCUUCAGCCACACAAAAAGAGAAGCUGACAUUCCUGAGGGAGGAGGACAAGGAUCUCUAUAUCAAACUGAGGAACCCAUCAUUUGAGGUGCAAGUGGGCUUGCAUGAACUUCUAGGACAUGGCAGUGGGAAGCUUUUUGUUGAGGAUGAAAAGGGAAACUUCAACUUUGAUUCCAAGAAUGUGAGAAAUCCAGAGACAGGAGAACUGGUUUCAAGCUGGUACAAAGGAAGUGAAACUUGGGACAGUAAGUUCUCAACCAUUGCUUCAACCUAUGAAGAGUGCAGAGCAGAAUGCGUUGGUCUGUACCUCUGUCUCAAUAACCGAGUAUUAAGCAUCUUUGGUCAAGAAGGAUCAGAUGCAGAGGAUGUAGUUUAUAUUAAUUGGCUGAACAUGGUGAGAGCAGGAGUGUUGGCCCUUGAAUUUUACACCCCAGCAAGCAAGACCUGGAGACAGGCUCAUAUGCAGGCUCGCUUUGUGAUCCUGCGUGUACUUCUGGAGGCAAGUGAAGGCUUAGUAUCCCUAGAGCAUACUGUUGGAUCAGAUGGUAAGCCAGAUGCCAUUAUCUCCUUGGACAGAACAAAGAUUAGGAGUGUCGGCAAACCUGCUAUUGAGCGAUUCCUUCGUAGACUGCAGAUCCACAAGUCUACAGCAGAUGUUGAGGGUGGACGUGCCCUAUAUGAAGGUUACUCUUCUGUAACAGACAAUGAACCAGAAAAGUUCCUAACUCUUCGAGAAACUGUGCUGCUAAGAAAGGAGGCUCGGAAGUUGUUUGUCCAAGCCAAUACGAGAGUUCAAGGAGACACCACAGAACUUCAGGAAUAUGCCGGCAGUGCAGCUGACCUCAUUCGCUCAUUUGUUGACCGAUUUCAUGAUGAUGGAGAAGAGCUAGAGGAAGAGAUUCUUGCUCUAGGCCAGAUGGAUGCACAUUGUUGGAGUUAAAUUUUUUUUAAAAGGAAGUCAGCUGAUAUAGUUUAUUACUUACUAAUUACUUUUUACUUAAAAAGAGAUAAUGUUGGAUUCUACAAGGAUGGAUUUAAUCAAGGAGGGUGAUAAAGUCGUCUGUUUAUUUUUUCCUCUAGCACUUGCUUUUACAACAGUCUGAAUGAAAUUAUUCCAACAGCACGCUUCAGGACUCUUUUUUACCAUUUCAAAUAUUCAUAGGUGAUCACCAAAAUGGGAGAAUCAGUUUUUUCUUUUCCUUAGAAAAUGGCUUAUAUCUGGGAUUACUUUGAAUAUGGCUGUAGACUGUCCUACUACUGGUACCAUUAGCUUGUAAAUUUAAAACAUGUUUGCAAUGAAAUUAGUGUCCACGCAAUGUAGCCUUGCUUUUUAAAUAUUUUGAAGCUCCUAAAUUUUGGUAGUAAUUUUUUUCUGACAGCUAUGUAAUCCUCCCAAUAGACCUUACACUUACAACUAAUGUAUAGGACAUGGCUGUGACACUAAUAUGUACUGUUUAAAAGAGAAUAAACACUUUUUCCCCCACUUGAA